CUCUCUGUUUUUAAAAAUUAACUUGUGGUGUGGGUAAUGCUCCUAUUAAGGAAAGAGAAGUAUGUGUCCUCCAUCGACGUUUGUAAGCACAGUGCGCCUUCCGCCACUAGUUUUAUUCCGCUUCCUGUGAAGUGCUCACCCACUGGGUUUCUCGAAACUCGAAAGCUCGAAGAUUGGCGAAGCCCGCAUGUUGAAAAGAAAACGUAUGUCAGAGCUCUCCAUGCCUGUGACCUCAGACAACGAGCAGAUCUAGAUCCCUCCGUGAGCUCUCAAGAAUCGCAGCCUCUAUCUUCGUCUCAGGUCCACAACUAUCAUAUAAUCAUGGCAAGGAGGCAAGUAAAUCCUGCUCGGCGUAUUGGUGAUGGUGGAAGCAUUCCAUUUGCUGGAACACUACAUUCCAAAUCACGCCCAUCACCUUUACUUUCGAUUGGUCUUGUGCUAGUGGGUGCAUUCCUUCUUAUUGCGUAUUCUUAUAGUGGUUCAGGUGGAUCUAGCGCUGAUAAAGAGAGUUUAAGUAAAGUUGAUGGUAGUAUUUCAUGUACAUUAGAAGUUCAAAGAGCAUUGCCCAUUUUAAAGAAAGUGUAUGGUGACAGCAUGCAUAAAGUAUUGCAUGUAGGCCCAGAUACUUGUUCCGUGGUGUCAAAAUUAUUGAAAGAAGAGGAUACUGAGCCAUGGGGUGUGGAACCAUAUGAAAUAGACGAUGCUGAUAGCAAUUGCAAGAGCCUUGUGCGCAAAGGCAUAGUACGUGUGGCUGAUAUAAAAUUUCCUCUUCCCUAUCGGGCAAAAUCGUUUUCUCUCAUCAUUGUCUCAGAUGCAUUGGAUUACUUGUCUCCAAAAUAUCUCAACAAAACUCUUCCUGAACUGGCAAGGGUAUCUGCUGAUGGUUUUAUUAUUUUUGCUGGAUAUCCAGGUCAGCACAGAGCUAAAGUUGCUGAGCUAUCCAAAUUUGGUCGUCCAGCCAAACUGCGGAGCUCAUCUUGGUGGAUAAGGUAUUUUGUCCAGACCAGGCUAGAAGAGAAUGAAACUGCCAUGAAGAAGUUUGAACAGGCUUCAUCCAAGAGGUCGUACAAGCCUGCGUGCCAAGUUUUCCACCUCAAGUCUUCCUCCUGAAAUCUCAGCAUCAUGAUCUGUGCUUCAGCUCCAUGGCUAAAAUUAUGCCUACAGUGCCUUCGACUCCCAUGGAGUGUUCUUUGUUUGAUGGGAAUCUCCUCAGCUCAUUUUCUCUUCCAAUCAGUGACAGAUGAAAGUAGAUAUAUUUGUUGAUUGAAAAUUGAUUGGAUAAGUUCUCGGGGAAUUGCCUCUGCUCUGUUUUUAUUUUUUAAUUUUUUCUUUUAGAAUUUAGGUUCUUGUUCUCAAUGCUGUUGCUAGUAGCUGCAAUGAGACUCCUGCUAGAAUUUUUAGACCCAUUUUAAAUAUUUUAUUUUAUUUAUCUUUUGUAUUGUUAUUUCGCUCUGGAUGGCUCCCAGGAGAGUGGACUGUCACUCUUUAGAGUGCCUGGGAGAACCAGCAAACCCCUUCUAAGCUCUAAUUAACAGGUUGGAAUGUCUUCUUUA